UGACGUUUCUCAUAGAUGUCACUAUAGACUAUAAUAACAAUUACAUUUACCACUAAAAACCAAAUAAAGUAUCGUUAAAUCACUUUAUUGUGGAACUUAAAAUAAAACCAAAUAAUUGUAACACUAAAAUAUAAAUUAGUGGUAUUGUUUUAAUACCAUUAAAUCUAAUAUCGCGAAAAGUUAAAUAUAUUGUAGUGGGUCCAGUUCAAUGUUAGCAGAUUGGAAAUAUAAUGCGAUGCAGGAAUGAAAAUGAAAACGCAAAAUAUUAGUUUAUUGCUUCAGAAACAAAGGGUUCAUAUUAUGGAUCCCUUUGAUAUAAUAUUUUAAUCAGUUUUAGAUUGAAAUAUUGUUAUUUAAACACUAAUUUGGAGUUUGGGGAACGAAGGUUUAGAAAUGUUAAUCAAGAUUUAUAGGGAUUAAGUUUCAAAAAUGAAAAUUGUAAUAUUGUAAAACUACAACUAUAUAGUUGUUUACAUAGAGAAUUUGAGACUUUUAUAAAAACAAAUUAUAUGACGUACCGCUUACCUACGGCUCUCACCCCUAAAAAAGGUGUGUAGUGACAAAAAAACUAAACCUAUUAAAAUAUGUCGACUUUGCAAUGUUAGGCCUACUGACAAAUUUUCAGUUAAAUAUAAUUCAUUAUCCAGCUAGCCCUCAAUUUAUUUUUUAAUAUUUAAAUUAUUUAUUCACUCCAUAAAAAUUAUCAAAAUAAAUACACUUUACCAAAAUAUUUAAAGCUUUGAUUUACAAGUCAACUAAAACCUAAGUCAACCAUAUUACUAAAAUUUCAAACAACUUUAAUGGAUCAUCAUCCACGUUAGAAAACUUUAGCUACACAUUGGUUCCAGCCACAACCAUUCAACACGAUUUUAAUUUUUUAAUUCUUUAAUUUAGAUAUUUUUUUAUAAUUAAUUAAAAUUCUAGAUUUUUAAAGAUUAUUUUAACACAUUAUAAAUAGUCUUUCAUUUUCCUCUCAUCAUGUAUCUCAAUUCUAGUAUUCUUGUUUUCUUCUUGUUUAUUCACUGUCUGAAUAUUAGCUUCAUCAAUGGUGGAAUAUUAUCAGAACAAGAAGCAUUAUUAGCUAUUAAAUCUGCCAUUAAAGAUGAUCCUUAUAAAAGUCUAUCAUCUUGGAAAAACACUACUCACCAUUGCAAUUGGUCGUUCAUCACUUGCUCUUCGUCUUCUCACUCUCCCACUGUCAUUUCCCUGGACAUCUCCAGCUUAGAUCUCAAUGGUACUCUCUCUCCUCAAAUCGGUUUUCUUACAAACCUGCAAAACCUAUCUCUCCAUGAUAACUAUUUUUAUGGGCAUGUCCCGUCUUCUCUUCCUCUCCUUACAAAACUCCACUAUCUCGACCUUAGUGGGAACGACUUUAGUGGCCCACUCCCUUUAUUUGUUAAUAUGUCGGAGCUUCGGUGCCUUUCCCUUAGUUGGAACGAGUUUUCUGGUACAAUAUCGCCAGAGUUUAGUAAAUUUCAAAAGCUUCAAGUUUUGUAUCUUUCUAGCAACAAUCUUUCGGGAUUACUUCCUUAUGAAUUAGGAUUCUUAAAGAGGUUGAAAACUUUAGAUUUAUCAUAUAACUUUUUAUAUGGUGAGAUACCAAAUUCUUUUUCUCUUCUUACCAAUUUGAUUUAUUUGGAUUUAUCUGUGAAUAAACUACAUGGUCAGAUACCAAAUUCUUUUUCUCUUCUUACAAAUUUGAGUUAUUUGAUUUUAUCAAAUAAUCAAUUACAUGGUGAGAUACCAAAUUAUUUUUCUCUUCUUACAAAUUUGAUAUAUUUGCAUUUAUCAAAUAAUCAAUUACAUGGCGAGAUACCAAAUUCUUUUUCUCUUCUUACAAAUUUGAGUUAUUUAUUUUUAUUAGAUAAUCAAUUACAUGGUGAGAUACCAAAUUCUUUUUCUCUUCUUACAAAUUUGAGAUCUUUGUAUUUAUCAAAUAAUCAAUUACAUGGUGAGAUACCAAAUUCUUUUUCUCUUCUUACAAAUUUGAGAUAUUUGGAUUUAUCAAAUAAUCAAUUACAUGGUGAGAUACCAAAUUCUUUUUCUCUUCUUACAAAUUUGAAUCAAUUGGAUUUAUCAAAUAAUCAAUUACAUGGUGAGAUACCAAAUUCUUUUUCUCUUCUUACAAAUUUAAUUUAUUUGAUUUUAUCAAAUAAUCAAUUACAUGGUGAGAUACCAAAUUCUUUUUUUCUUCUUACAAAUUUGAUUGCAUUGGAAUUAUCAAAUAAUCAAUUACAUGGUGAGAUACCAAAUUCUUUUUGUCUUCUUACAAAUUUGAGUUAUUUGUAUUUAUCAAAUAAUCAAUUACAUGGUGAGAUACCAAAUUCUUUUUCUCUUCUUACAAAUUUGAGAAAUUUGUAUUUAUCAAAUAAUCAAUUACAUGGUGAGAUACCAAAUUCUUUUUCUCUUCUUACAAAUUUGAGUCGUUUGUAUUUAUCAAAUAAUCAAUUACAUGGUGAGAUACCAAAUUCUUUUUCUCUUCUUACAAAUUUGUGAUAUUUGGUUUUAUCAAAUAACCUUUUACAUGGUGAGAUACCAAAUUCUUUUUCUCUUCUUACAAAUUUGAGUAUUUUGGAUUUAUCAUAUAAUCAACUCACGGGUCAGUUACCUGUCAACAUUGGAAAGCUUACGAGUCUUUAUUGUUUGUUGGUUGCCAACAAUAACUUUAGUGGAAAACUCACACCACAGAUUACAGGAUACAAUGUCACGAAUUUUAAAAACUCUUCUAUCUGCAACUUGGUUAAUCUUUCCAUCCUUGAUUUAUCUUAUAACAAGUUUAAUGGAGAAGUUCCUCAUUGCUUGGGCAAUACUAGUACUCAAUUAGCUGUAUUGAAUCUCCAAUCAAAUAAUUUCAAGGGCAUCAUUCCAUCAGCAUUAUUUUCUAUUUGUGAUUCAUUGGAAUAUGUAGAUUUCACUGACAAUCAGUUAGAAGGAGCUAUACCUAGGUCUUUAUCUAAAUGUAGAAACCUGAAAGUCCUAAAUUUGAGGAACAACAAAUUCAAAGAUAUAUUCCCAUAUUGGUUAGGUAGCCUUCUGUCUUUAGAGGUUCUCAGCAUACCCUUUAAUAAAUUUCAUGGUGAUAUAACCAACAAUUUAUCAAAGAUUACAACAUCUCCUUUUUCAAAUCUACAAAUUCUCGACCUUUCAAACAAUAAUUUCUGUGGUAAGUUGCCAUUCAUGUACAUUAAACAAUUUCGUUCCAUGAUGGAUAACAACAUGUCUACUAUAGGAAGUCCAAGCUACUUAGAAAAUGAAUCUAGUGUUUAUAUCUAUAUGUACUCCAUCAAGAUGACAGUAAAGGGGAAGCAACAAGAUUAUAAGAAGAUAAUUACUUCUAUGUCAACAUUUGAUAUGUCUAAUAAUCACUUUGAAGGAGAGAUUCCAAAUUCUAUAGGGAUGUUGCGAGCACUUCGAAAUCUUAAUCUCUCGCAUAACCUACUUACCGGAAACAUCCCUCCAUUCAUCGGGAACUUAUCAUUGUUGGACGGUUUAGACCUAUCAUCAAAUAGGCUUAUCGGUGAAAUCCCUCAAGAACUUGUUAGUUUAACAUUUCUCGGGGUUUUUAAUGUUUCAUAUAAUCAACUGGAAGGGCCUAUACCCCAUGGUAAUAAUUUUAAUACCUUCUCAUCUGAUUCGUACGUGGGCAAUUUUGAAUUGUGUGGAGCACCAUUACAUGAAUGCAAAAACAAUACUGUUGUGCAAUCUUUGAACAAUAAUAAUGUGGAAGAAAAAACAGAAUUAUCGAUGUGGGAAGUUGUAGUGAUUGGAUUUGGAAGUGGUACAAUAGUUGGUUUGGCUUGGGGGUACUACAUAUUGUCAGUGGGGAAGCCUUUUUGGCUUUUUAAAUUGUUGAACAAGAUGGAAUGGGCUUUACUUGAUUAUCAUGACCACCAUUUCAGUAGAAGAAGUAUAACAAGAAGAGCAAAGAAUUAAAAGUGAUCAUCUAUCUGAGAAACAUUUCAUUUGUAGCAAGAAGUAGAGUAUGAUGGAAUGAGCCUUUUUGGGCUUUACUUGAAUUUGUAGCAUUUUCUUUUUCUUUUUACUGUAUUUUACUCAUAAUUAUAAUUUGUGAUAAUAACAUUUCUUUUCUAUAAAAAAAUGUAAAUGUGUGCCAAAUGGGUGAA